CCAACAUCCAUUGCCAUUACGAUCCACGACUAUUGCCCAUCAAAUCCAUCAGUUCUGCGGGUUCAGUCCAUCUUUUACGCAGACCCAUUGUACAGCCCCCGAAUUUUCCUAUCAACUUCACAUUCGCUCAUAACUCUCCCUCUCUCUCAACUUCGUCGCCCAACAUCAAUAUUCUCUGCGUUUCCCUGUCCGCUAACCAGGAUCAGAUUACGAUUUCUCUUUUUUUCCUCUUUCCCUUUACUUGCCAAGGAUCUUUUCUUUUCUCUUUUUCCUUUCUUUCCUUGAUUGUUGGCCAUGGCAGAGCAUAAUAACUCGGACGAUGCUGAUGCCGCGUUUCUCAACGCGCUCAAAGCCGAGCAGGAGAUGGCUGAAGCCGGGCAGAAAGCCAGCGAGCUCGGAGGGGAAUCUGAGCUGAUUGGCAAUGAGCCAGAAGAGGGAGCAGAAAAAGAAGCUACAUUUAGGGAACUAUCUGAUCAAGUUGAAAAAGACAAUCAUUUACAAAUUAACGAGUCGAAAGACACUUCGACUGCUGCUUCUGGUGCUACAUCCCUCCUCCCAGGUGUUGCUGUUGCCAGUCCUGACGGUGGCCCCUCGAGCGUCAACGGCUCGGCAAUGGGUGAUCCUGCCGCCCAACCCCUCCUGAAUGCAAACAUGGGUGCUGGCCCAAGCACGCAAGAGUCGUCCGCAAUUUCCUCCCCUUCUGUUACACCCGUUGGUGCGCUUGUUCCUGAUGAGAAUAAUAAUGAUUCUGCUCCGCACACACUAUCUGUUACCACUCCCACUGCUGGUUCUAAUAAUAAUGAUUCCCUUCCUGUGUCGUCUACUACUCCUGUCAAUGCCCCUUCUACUGCUGUACCUGUUCAAAGCCCGGUUCAAAAGGGGAAUGCGAACGUUGCCAAUAAGAGGAAGAGGCUCCCACAGGACAUUGUAGGACAGCUUGAGGAUAGGAUUGCAGAGGAUCCUAGAGGAGACAUUGACGCCUGGUUGGCUUUAAUUGAAGAACAUAGGAAAAAGGGCAAAUUUGACGAUGUUAGAGCCGUUUAUGAGAGGUUCUUUGUAGUAUUUCCAGCUGCGGCCGACCAAUGGAUCUCUUACGUCAAGAUGGAACUAGCGAACAACGAGUUGCAACAUGUUGAGCGCAUUUUCCAGAGAUCUUUGUUUAAUGUCCCCAAUGUUGAACUUUGGUCCAUGUACUUGGAUUAUAUCCGCCGCCGGAAUAAUCUGACCACAGACACCGGAGGGAAAGCUCGCGCGGUUGUUAACCAAUCCUAUGAAUUUGUAUUGAACAAUGUCGGAUGUGACAGGGAGGCCGGGAGGAUUUGGACUGAAUACAUACAGUUUGUGAAGAGUGCACCCGGAAAUGUAGGUGGCAGUGGCUGGCAAGACCAACAGAAGAUGGACUCCUUGCGAAAGGUAUAUCAGAAGGCCGUCACCAUGCCCGUUCAAGGCGUUGAGCAGUUGUGGAGGGAGUAUGACCAGUUCGAACAAGGUUUGAACAAGCUGACGGCGAGAAAAUUUCUUCAAGAACGGUCCCCAAUGUUUAUGACUGCCAGAGGUUGUCUUAUCGAGCUAUCCAACAUCACCAAGGGUCUUAGGCGUGAUACAUUGUCGCGUUUGCCGCCUGCGCCGGGAUAUGAAGGUUACGAGGAUUACACCAGGCAGGUUGAGCUAUGGAAGAAGUGGAUCCAGUGGGAAAAGGGCGAUCCCCUCGUUCUUGCCAAAGAGGAUCCCGCAAGUUUGAGUACAAGGAUUAUAUAUGUCUUUAAACAAGCUCUUAUGGCUUUGAGGUUUUGGCCAGAAAUCUGGUUCGAUGCAGCAGAGUGGUGCUUCGCAAAUGGAAUGGAUGACCAAGGAGUAGAUUUCCUCAAUCAGGGAAUGGUUGCAAACCCAGAGAGUUGUCUUUUACAUUUCAAGUACGCUGAGAGAUUGGAAGCAACCACCAUCAUUGAAGGUGGGGAGGAGGCGCUUAUACGAAAGGGCCAACUGGUUAGAAAACCUUACGAUGAUUUACUCAACAUGCUAUACGAGCAGGUUCAGAAAAUUCAGCGAAAGGAGAAGGAAGAGCUUGCCCGAAUUGAAGACGCCUUCGAACUAACCAACCCUCGUAAUGCGGAGGAUGACGACGAAGACGAUGACCCUACUACGGCUGCGACUAGGGCGGCCAAGGAUGCCCAAGUUGCGACAUUGAGGGAGGGUACAAAGGCGCAGCUUCAGGUAAUGACAAAGACUAUUUCGGCUGUAUGGAUCAACUUGAUGCGUGCGAUGCGACGUGUUCAAGGCCAUGGCAAAGUGAAUGAGGCACUAGGUGGAAGUCGUCAGAUAUUUGCGGACGCAAGGAGGAGGGGCAAGAUCAAUAGCGAUGUGUAUGUAGCAAGUGCACUGAUUGAAUACCACUGCUACAAAGAUCCUGCUGCUCUGAAAAUCUUUGAGAGGGGGAUGAGGCUUUUUCCCGAAGAUGAGAAUUUUGCGUUGGAGUACUUGAAGCACUUGGUCGCUAUUAACGAUAUUACUAAUGCAAGAGCUGUGUUUGAGACUUUUGUCGGCAGAGUGACAGCUGAAAAGGCUCGAAAGGUGUACGAAUUCUUUUACGACUACGAAGCUCACUACGGGGAGCUUGGCCAGGUUUAUAAGAUGGAGAAACGCAUGAGUGAACUCUAUCCUACUGAUCCAUACAUUUCUCGAUUCUCGAGCAGAUAUGCCUAUAGAGCCGUUGAUCCCUGCUCGUUCCUUGCCGUUGUCUCCCCAGCACAACAAUGCAAACCUAAAUCGCAAGCCAUAUCUCCGCCGGUACCUGACCACCUUCCCCGAGACGGCCGCGAUUACCGGGACCACCCUCAGCCUCCUCCGACUGCGCCAGCCAACGGCCGAACGGUUUCACCAAAGCGUCCCGCGAAUGAGGAACUCUCAGACUCUUCUGAGCACCAAAGGCCCAGAAAGCUCCAUCGACCCGACUCUCCAUUGAAGGGUGCCGCAGGCCGAAGGCUAGAUCAGCAGAAACGGUAUCAGCAGAAUCAAAGGCAGCCUCAACAGCAUCAACCCCUGCCGAUGCAAAUGCAUCAACCGCCUGCCCCAACCCAACUCCCCGAUCUUAUUAUGUAUCUCUUGAGUAUUCUACCAGGCGCAGACAAGUACCAAGCAGCAAGAUUUAGACCAGAAGCCAUGGUUGGGCUUCUGGGAAAUAUUAAUUUGCCUAGGGAUGUGCAGGCGAAUAAUCGUGAGUCUGCCAGUAUUCAUCGUUCCGUCCCGCAGGGUCCGAGACGACAGUAUUAA